AGAAAUGUGUCGCACGAGAUUUCGAUCGUUUCGUCAGCGCGAUCUCAUUGUUAACAUAUGACCAUCCGUCGCGUCUCUCAUGUUGGACGAGGAUCGCUGCGGUUGCACGAGAUUGCGAGAGGAAGCUGUUUUCCGCUUCACCGUGCGAAUCGCCAGUCAUUUUCCUCGCCUUCACGCGGCGUGACAAAGCGCCGAAAAUUCCUACUCCUGCGUCGGAAUAAAGGCAUGCCGGAAUGACGGAGUUCGUGGACGGUUGGUUCUUAGGCCAUACCCUCGGCGAAGGAUCUUAUGGCGAGGUCAAAUUGGUUAUAAACAAAUCAACUGGCGAAGCAGUUGCUAUGAAAAUGAUUGAUAUAGAGAAACAUCCAGAUGCAAGGCAGUCAGUGCGCAAAGAGACCGCUAUCCACCGUAUGUUGUCGAAUCCUAAUAUCAUACAAUAUUUUGGAAAGCGCAGCGAGGCUAAUAUGGAAUAUAUAUUUUUGGAGUAUGCUUUAGGUGGGGAACUAUUUGACAGAAUUGAACCUGACGUAGGAAUGCCAAGGUACCAAGCGCAAAGAUAUUUCAAGCAAUUGAUUUCUGGAGUAGAGUAUCUACACGGUCGAGGGGUCGCGCAUAGAGAUCUCAAGCCGGAGAACUUGCUUCUAGAUGGUAAUGACAAUUUAAAGAUAAGCGACUUUGGAUUAGCUACGAUAUACCGUCUGCAGGGUAAAGAGCGUCGUUUGGAAAAGAAAUGCGGAACAUUACCUUAUGUUGCACCAGAGGUACUAGAAAGAUCUUAUUUGGCGGAACCAGCGGACAUAUGGUCUUGUGGAAUUAUCCUAGUGGCUUUAUUGUCUGGAGAGUUGCCUUGGGAUGAAGCUUUGACAGAAUGUCCCGAAUACGUCGCGUGGAAAAGCGGAAAGUACAUGUCGUCGACACCGUGGAAGAAACUCGACAAUGUGUCGUUGUCAUUAAUCAGAAAAAUCCUGGCGGACUCGCCAUCAAUACGAUACAAGAUUCUGGACAUCAAACAACACAGAUGGUUUGUCGCAAGUUUCAGCAGAGCGGACGAACCGGACGGACGAAAUCCAACAUAUACGGAGGAUGAAAAUCUGAGAAACGUUUGCCUGUCGCAACCGGAAUUGCCGGGUACGGAAAGCAACAGUGUCAUGCAAAUCAAUUUAGAUGAUCGUCCGGCAUUUUCGUUUUCCCAGCCCGCACAUGUGGAAGAUCUUUUGUUGUGUACGCAGUUACAAGCUAUGCAACAAACUCAGCCAAGUCAGCAAAAUUCUCUCCAAAAAUUGGUCCGCCGAAUGACCAGAUUCUUCGUUAAAACGGAAUGUGGCGAGGUCAUAAAGAGGUUGAUCAAAAUCUGUGAGAAGGAGAAUUAUUCUUAUCGUGUUAACGAUUGCGGAACGGUUACGAUAUCGACAAUAGAUCGGCGAAAAAUGACACUUGUUUUUAAAGUGAAUUUCAUAGACAUGGACAAAAACAUAUUGGUCGACUUCCGCUUAUCGAAAGGCUGCGGUUUGGAAUUCAAGAAGGCAUUCAUUAAGAUUAGAUGUGCGCUGGAAGAUGUUAUUCUGCGGAACUCCGUUGCAUAUUCGAAAUUACAAUUGCCGUGAAAAAUUCUUUUAACAACUCUUAUCAUCAUGGGACUCGACCGGUGAUCGACGCUGUGAUUUUGUUGCGUCUUUUUUAUUUAUAUGCAAAGCAUAAUUAAUCAGUGCCUAACUAGUGCAAACCUAACAAAUUGAACACCGGCCGAUGAGAAGCCGAUAAAACUAAUUGACAAAUACAUGCAUCGGGCAAUUGAUGUAUUAUUAGGUUAUUCUCAAUCUUCAGUUGAAUUUUGGAACGAUUCGUAUGGAAAUCAGCAUGGUGGUCGGUCGACGUGUUAAUCAGACAUGUGACAAUGUUUGUAUUUUUAUAUUAUUAUUUUAAAUAAAUCCUUUUGUAUUUUCCUAAAAAAAAACUACCCCCCUCGUUGCU